CGCGUACUUAUCGACACACGACUUGGGAGGAUAGAAGGAAGGCUGUCAAAGCUGGAAGAUGCAUUGGAAGACAGAAGCGCGUCUUCAUCAGGGGAGAUCAAUUUCAAGUAUGUUUCGAGGGAAAAGGUCGAGUCUUUACUUGCCUUGAAGGCCGGCAAGUUAGGAAAAUUCGCCUUAGCCCUCGAAAAGGAGUUGUUCAAAGAUAGGAGCACAGAGGCAUUGCCUGAUGAAAGUGCAGGAGCAGAUGAGCUGGCUGCCUUAACACCGCCACCAAGCGACGAAACAAGAGAGACAGAAUCGCCCUCAGUCGAUCCUUAUGAUUUUUUUGAUGAUUUAUAG